AUGGCUUUAAGCGAAAUUAUUUUGGGAAUUGUUUGCGUUUUUGCUGCAAUUCUUCUCUUCUUCCUCAUUUCAAUUUAUAAUAAUUAUAAGAAAGUGAGUCACAUUCCAGGUGCUUUCCAAUUCUUCUUGACUUUUAAGAAUAUUCCAAUCAUUUCACCUUAUUUGAGUUUCGAUGGACACAAGAGAAUGGAACAAUUGGUCAAAACUCACGGAGAUCCAAAAACUGGACUUGUCAGAUUAUCCAUGUUCGAUAGAAAUAUGGUUGUAGUUUCAGAUAGAGACAUGUUGAAGGAAUUGUUGGUCGUUAAGGGUGGAAUUUUCAUCAAAUCUUGGAAAUUAUAUGAAGUUUUCAAUGCUUUCGGCAAGAAUAUCUUAUCAAUUCUCGAUGGUACCAGUGAUUCAUGGAAAAAUCAUCACAAAGUAGCUUCAGGUGCUUUUGCUUCUAAAAAUUUGGAAUACAUGUCAAGAGUUGCCUCAAAAUCUUUGGAUUUGUGUAAGGAAAGUAAAUGGGAUGGUGAAAUGGAAAAGGCAUUGAAGGAAGGAAAGGAAGGUAUUAUUAUUGAUACCAAUGCUGAUUUUAGUGAUAUUACUUUGGACGUUCUUGGUAAGGCUGCUUUCGGUUUGGACUUUUCCAUCUUUGAUGAAACUAACCCAGAAGGUAGAAUUUUCAGAAAAUCCCUCGAAAAGAUGUUUACCACUGGUGUAAUCUUAAAACGUUUCGUCGGAUUAAAUCCAGUCCUUUCCUGGGCUUUCCCAUGGGCUUGCAAAUAUACUGGUUUAGAUAAGGCAGUAAAAGUUGUGAGUGAUAAGUUGGAUGCAAUCAUUGCGGAAAGAACUCGUGAAGUAGAAUUGCGUGGAAUGGAAGAUGGAAACACAUCCGAAACUGGUGUUGAAGAAAGAAAGGAUUUGUUGAGUGUUUUGGUUGAAGCCAAUUUCAUUCAAAAGGGAAUCUUGUCAGGUGAUGAACUCAAAUCUGACGCUUAUAUCUUUUCGCUUGCUGGACAUGAGACAACUUCAACAACUUUACAAUGGGUUUGUUACGAAUUAUCAACAAAACCAGAUAUUCAAAAUAAGAUUCGUGAAGAGAUUGAUUUACAUCUCGGAAAGGGUGUAAAUGCCAGAGCUCCAAACUUUGACGAUUAUCCAAUUAUGAACUAUGUCAAUGCUGUCAUUAUGGAAACUGCAAAUAGAAGUGAUCGAAACUGGGAUAAACCUUUAGAAUUCAUUCCAGAAAGAUAUCCAAUGAAUGCUGAAGAACAAUUGAGAAUUCAACAUGAUUUCACUUGGAUUCCAUUCUCUAUGGGUAAUCGUAAAUGCAUUGGUUUCAAGUUUGCUCAAAUUGAAGCUUUUACAAUUCUUGUAAGAUUACUUCAAUUCUAUGAAUUAGGAUUGGAUAAUGAUGAAUCUAAUCCAAAGGAUCAAAUUGUUGAUGUUCCUGGCGUUACAGUUCGUCCAGGAAAUUGUAGAAUUAUUCUCAAACCAAGAAAGGAUCUUUAA